AUGCCUACUGCAGAAGAAAAGCAUGACCAAGAUAAAGAUAAACAAAGACAAAUUAGUAUACGUGGAUUACCGUUAAUAGAAAAUGUGGCAGCAGUGAAGAAAACGUUUAAUCGUCAUUUACAUUUUACAAUUGUCAAAGAUCGAAAUGUGGCGACAAGUCGAGAUUAUUAUAAUUCAAUUGCGUAUACUGUUCGUGACCAUCUUGUCGGAAGAUGGAUUCGAACACAACAGCACUAUUAUGAUAAAGAUCCGAAACGUGUGUAUUAUCUGAGUUUAGAAUACUAUAUUGGUAGAAGUCUAUCGAAUACAAUGAUUAAUCUGGGAAUUGAGACCGAAAUGGAUGAAGCAGUGUAUGAGUUAGGUUUAUCUAUAGAAGAACUCGAAGAAUUUGAAGAAGAUGCAGGUCUGGGAAAUGGUGGUUUAGGACGUUUGGCAGCAUGCUUUCUUGAUUCAAUGGCAACCUUAGGGCUUGCUGCAUAUGGUUAUGGCCUUCGGUAUGAAUUUGGUAUAUUUCAACAAACAAUCAAAGAUGGAUUUCAAUGUGAAGAGCCAGACGAUUGGCUACGUUAUGGAAAUCCAUGGGAAAUUCCUAGACCAGAAUAUCAAAUUCCCGUUCAUUUAUAUGGUCAUGUAGUUGAAGAAAACGGAAAAAAGAAAUGGGUUGAUACAAACAUUAUCAUGGCAAUGCCCUAUGACACUCCAGUUCCUGGUUACAAAAACAACGUUGUCAAUACAUUAAGAUUAUGGUCGGCUAAAGCACCAAAAAAAUUCAAUUUUCAGUUUUUCAAUGAUGGUGACUAUAUGCAUGCAGUUAGCGAACAAAGUUUGGCUGAAAAUAUAACGAGAGUACUAUACCCAAAUGAUAAUGUAUGCAAAACAUAUUCGAACAAUGUAUAUUUUGCGGACAAACUUCGAAAGCUUCAGUCAAAAUUCAAAUUUGAAGUUUGUCUCCAACAUUAUCAGGAAGGAAAAGAAUUACGAUUAAAACAAGAAUAUUUUCUUGUAGCCGCAACACUCGCCGAUAUUAUUCGACGUUAUAAGCACUCAAAGUUUGGUGUACAGACUUCAACUCGAACAGAAUUUGACACAUUUCCAGAAAAGGUUGCUAUUCAACUCAAUGAUACUCAUCCAGCAUUGACAAUAGCUGAGUUAAUGCGUUUAUUUCUUGAUGAUGAAAACUUACCAUGGGAUAAAGCUUGGGAUCUUACCACACGCACAUGCGCUUAUACAAAUCAUACUCUAAUGCCAGAAGCUGUUGAAAGAUUACCAGUUUCAAUGUUAGAACGAUUAUUACCAAGACAUUUACAAAUUAUUUAUGAAAUUAAUUACCGACAUUUGCAAGAAGUAACCAAACGGUAUCCUAAUGAUUUUGAUCGUGCACGAAUUUUGUCGAUUGUUGAAGAGGGUGGUGAAAAACGAAUAAAUAUGGCCUAUUUAGCAAUAGUCGGAUCUCACGGUAAUACAUCUAAACUAUUUCAAUAA